ACGAAGUGCUACUGCACUGCUCGACAACACCGGCCUCAAUGGCUUCCCCCAUAGAAGACGAUGUCUUCGAAAGGCUGUGCCAGAAGCCCGACCCUGCCGAGGAACAAAAGCGCGAGCGAGAGUUCAACGACAGGCUUCACGCGCAGUAUCAGAAAUCCCAGUCGAGGCUGUUCGAGAUUAUCGACGACAACACCACUCGACCAACUACCAUCUCAGAGAUCCGCGUCUUGCAUGCUUCACACACCCGGCGAGAUUUUCUGGAGCGCAUCUUCAACCCGCUACUAAGUGCCAAUCGCGACGGCCCAUACACCCUAGCCGAAGCUCUAGCAGAUGUGUCAAACGCGACCAACAAGCUCCAACGUUUUGACAUCUUCAAGAACCCGAUCUCCAUUUACCUGGACAAGCCAGAUCCCGCAGACCCGUCCACGACCCCUACCGACAUUGCUAUAUACAUCUCUGCCCAGGAAAGGGGGCUGUAUACCGUCAAGACCGGCACAGAAGUGGGUCAUUCUGAGGGCAAUGCCUUUGUCAACGCUCAACUACGGAAUCUGUUCGGCGGAGCAGAGUCUCUGAAUGCACAUGCCUCGCUCGGGACGCGGACACGAUCUGCCUACUCUGUCGGCUUCGAUACUCCCAUUAACAGCAAUCCCGAUCUUCGAUUCCAGCUAAACGGUAUUGCGAGCUCAACAUUAAAGAGCUGGGCCAGCCACGAAGAGGUCGUAAAGGGGGGCGACACGAAGCUACGCUGGUUGACACCAGGCGGUCACCAGCAUGAAGUCGGGUACUCUGGUAUUUGGCGCCAGAUCACCGGGCUAGCCUCGAACGCCUCUCCCACUGUCCGCAACGACGCCGGCGACUCUUUCAAAUCCAGCAUCUCCCACACUUGGACCAAAGACGAGCGCGAUUACCCUCUCCUCCCCAGCCGUGGCUACCUCCUGAAAACCGUGUCCGAGCUCGCCGGCUUCGGGCCAUUGAAAGGUGACGUUGCAUUCGGCAAGCUUCAAGCCGAAACUCAAGCUGCCCUUCCCCUAGGCAGCGGCAUCACCUUCACAGCCGGCCUCCGUGGCGGCCUGCUCUAUCCUCUCGCGCUCGGCGGCAGCUCAAACUCCGCUCCGCUCCCCUCUCGCCUCAAUGACCGUAUCCAACUCGGUGGGCCCACCGAUGUCCGUGGCUUCCGCAUCGGUGGUCUAGGUCCCCGCGAUGGCCCUGACGCUGUCGGUGGAGAUGUCUACGCUGCUGGUGGCGCCAGUCUACUCUUCCCCCUACCCCGUCUGGGCGCUGAGACACCGCUACGUAUACAGGCCUUCAUCAAUGGCGGACGGCUGCUCGCCCUGAAAGGGAAAGGCAAGGACGGCAAUGAAUCAACUCUAAACAGCAUGCAGCGCACACUCGGGGCGCUGAAGGAUGGCCUACCGAGCUGUGCGGCUGGAUUGGGCCUAGUGUACGCGCAUCCAGUGGCUAGGUUCGAGGUUAGUUUCUCGCUGCCGUUGGUGCAGCGGAGAGGAGAGGCCGGGCGCAAGGGGGUAGCGUUCGGUGUGGGGAUAGAGUUCUUGUAGAUAGAUAGAUGUAGGCUUUUGUGUCUGUAGAAAUACCAACCUGUACUCGCUUUUUUGUCAGGCCUUUGUUGGAAGAUAUGCGAGCGGUUGAAUGCACCUUUGAGGUGGUGAGUUUAGAGUUGAGGCAAGAUAUUUCCAUAUCCUAUGGAUAUAGACAGAGCUUACCACUCUCACUCUGAGCGUCAGCGAACUCCUACCGGCAGAAAUCAAAUCAAACAGCCCCUCAAAACGCC